CAAUAAAAAGACACAUUUCCUUCAUUGAGAAGUAUGAACAUUCAUACGACCAUUCGGCUAGAGAACCAGUACAAUUUCUCUUAUCCAAGAAGAAAAUCUAUAUUUAAAGCAUUUUGGAUAAGUAUGCUAUCUUUGCCUUUAUUUUCAACGAUGAAAUAAAAAUGUGGGAUUCUGAUUUCUUGAUUAAAUUUGAAAUCAUGGAAAGACGAAGGAAAAUGGUAGGAAGUAAUACAAUGCUAAGGUUGAUGCCAAAGCCGUUACUCAAAGAAUCCGUCCCAUUAAUAAAUAUACCUAGCGUUUAUCAUAUUUCCUAUGUAACAUCCGAUCGAGUCUGGGUUAGUCACCUUAACAAUCUCUUCUUGAUGAACAUUGCAGGGGAUACAUUGUUUCAACUAAACGAUGUUACAAAUGUUAGUUCAUUUGGAGUGCAUUCUGUGAACAAGGAGGGUGAUCUGAUUUAUAUAGACAGAAAUCAUGACAUCGCCUUAAUAUCUUCAGACUACAACAAUAAAAGUAUACUGGUUAGAAAAUCAAAAAAAUGGAUACCACUAUGUAUUUUCAGUUUAUCUCACACGGGAGAUUUGCUAGUUGGUAUGGGAAAUGAAUAUUUUGAAAGGACUACAUAUGAAUAUACCCGUACAAAAGUAGUUCGUUAUAAUAGCUUAGGAAAAUAUGUUCACACCAUCAAGUACAACGAUGAAGGUGAGAAAUUGUAUUACCAUCCUACCUACAUCACAGAGAAUGGAAACGAGGAUAUUGUGGUGGCUGAUUUCUGGUCCUUAAAGGUAACAGACUAUAAUGGAAAACACCGUUUCACAUACACCGGAAAUCCAUCAGUUUCAGGAGACACGUUUACUGCGCAUGGAAUUUGCACAGAUGCGCUGCUCAACAUUCUGGUGUGUGACGUUUUAUACAGGACUGUACAUUUGAUUGAUAAAGACGGUAAAUUUCUGUCUUACCUAUUUUCAGAGGAACAAGGGUUUUUUAGACCUACAUGUAUAGCAUAUGAUCAUAGAACUCACCGUCUGUGGUAUGGACAUUCGGAUGCAUUAAACAGCACAGCGCGUCUGCAUAUAUACAGACAUAUUAACAUAGAGAAUUCUGUUACAGAUUGAGAAACACCAACAGAUCAUAAAUAUUACGGAGAAAAAAAGCUCUAGGUGAAGACUAAACAGCAGCUCUGUGUAUAAUUCUUUAAGCGUGAGAGGAAUUGGAAAUUAAAUUUUGACACAUGGAAAAAAAUUAUUCAACCUUGUUUUAACAAUUUUUAAAUCAUUUUAUAUGCAUGGAAAUAAGAAAUUAAAAAAGGAACACAAAAUGGUGUCUGUUUUUGAAAUUGGCUAACAAUACUUUCUCACUGAAAGGUAUAGUAUUUAAACUGUUUUUAUGGACAAAAUCCAGCAGUAUUUUUUUUUUAUUAUAUGAUUAAAAAAACGAAAUAUGAAAAAGUUUUAUAUUAGCAUCCAUGUGAUUAAUAAACGGGGUUCACGACGGGGGUAA